ACUUCCUCUCACCUGACUGACAGAACCUACUAGCUUGUAAAAUGUUCCUGCAGCUAUUUAUGAUACACAAAGGGGUUCCGUUAGUUACUUGUAGUCUGUACUGAGUUGCUGUCUUCUUCACUCUGACUGAAAUCCUUAAAUUAGCACAAUAUCCAAUUUAGAAGCUGCUACAUUAGCAGUUUGUUUAGCUAGCAGCUGCUCUCCAGAGACAAACAUCAGGGUUUAAUUUCAAAAGCAACAUUCGGGAGACCUUCUAAUGAUGGAGAAGAUUGCUAAAGAUGUUGGUGACAUCCAGUCCAGACUGUUGGACCACAGGCCUGUUAUCAGUGCAGAAGUUCGCUACUUUGUCAGAGAGUUUGAGGAGAAGCGAGGCCUAAGGGAGAUUCGGCUUUUGGAGAACCUGAAUAAAACGAUACAGGAGACAAACGAGCAAAUGGUGCCCGCUAAUUUACAGGAAAUUAGCCAGAGACUAUCUGACAUCAGUAAGCGCUUGGAGGCUGCUAAUCACAUGGCAGAGAGAGUCCAGCAGAGGGAGCUGGAGACCCAACAGAGCAACCAGCUGCAGGCGAACAUGGAAAAACUGAAAGAGGACUGGGCGGAGUUUCUGAAGGAGCAGCAGAGACUAAAGGAGGAGGUGGAUGAGGAGCAUGCGAAGGCUGUUGGAGAAAUCAGCACUCGCUUUAGUGAAAAGAAGAAGGACUUGGCACAAUUUUCUCUCUGAUCGCUUUUAUAUUGUACCAACACUUUGUUAAACAAAGUGCUGUUGUAUCUAACACUGACAGAAAAACAAGAGCUGGUGUUGGUGAGCAGAUGAUCAUAUUUGACCUGGGAUGUAUAUCUACCGAUUACAUUUCAGCAAUAUGUGAAAUGCAUCACUCUGUAAGACUUCUGACGAUGGGUUGAGCUCAGGUUAACAGGAAGCCUAAAUUUAGAUCCUUCUGAGCACAUUCUAAAUAAUGUUACAUGAUUACGGUUAAAAGUCUAUGUAGAUUGAUUGAUAGAGCUAAACUAUUUGUAAAUAUGUUCCUCCAGAUGCUGAAUUUAGUUGGACCUGCUGUGUGAGAGAACAGUCCACAAUAAAAUGCUUUUCUUAUUUAAUUGUAAAA